AUGACAAAAGAGCAUCGGUCGCAAAAUUUGCGACGUACGAUGGUCAAAAGCACUGUCGGUCAUGUGCAGCGUUCUACAUAUGACUUGCCCAAUGAUUCUCAUGUGUAUGGCUACGAAAUUCCACGAGAUCCGGAAAAUGCUGGACAAGUGAUCAGUACGUGGAAACAAGCGACACCAUCACCUUCUGCUACUAGCGGGCGCAGCUUUAUUGAGACCAAUCGUCAGGCUAUUUCUAACGGAUUCUUGAGCGCAGGCGAGACCCGCAAGUUUGCCAACGAGCAUCCAGAUAUUGUGAUAAGAUCAGCAUUGAAAAGCAGAAGAAGUUCUAAGCCUACAAAUGACACAAUCCAUGGUGUUAAGUCGAAAGAAUCCGAAGAUAUUUGGGGUCUAGUCCAAGCAAAGUACACUUCGUACAGCAACGACAAUGCUGACUAUCCGGACCUGAGUUCCAUGAGGGCCAGAGGGAUUCUCCCAAUGCCUCGAGAGACACGCAGCUCCAUUGGCAAAGACAUGACGCGUUCGCUACUUAUGUUCAUGCUGUUUGAGCUGCUCAUCACUGCCUUUUACGCAACCUCUAGCAAACAUGUCCGUGGUGUAUCUCCUUCAGAACAAAAUCAUUAUCUGCACGAAUUGACGUGUGCAAUGGAGGGAAGAGUCACAACUCUUCCCUUUGAUCGAGUAAACGACGAGUUUUGCGAUUGUGACGACGGUCAAGACGAGCCAGGAACUGCUGCCUGUUCGUACCUAUCAAGCGCCCAGUUUUAUUGCGAGAAUAAUGGUUUAUUAUCUGAAAAAAUUCACACAUCUCGAGUCCAUGAUGGAAUUUGUGAUUGCUGCGAUGGAUCGGAUGAAGAAGUAGCCGGCAAAACAUUGUGUCCAAAUUCGUGUAUGGCCGUAGCUAGAACUUUCCAAAAGAAAGCGGAGCUUUGGCUUGAAGUGGUAAAGAUCGGGCAUGAAAAACGACAGACUUUAGUGAAGGGAAAAGUUGCCGAGUAUUUUGAUAGCGAAGAGAAACUCACAUCGGAGACGCAGAACGAGUUGGCUGAUUUGAUGUUUCUGAAAGAUCGAGUGACGAUACAUAAAGAUCGGGAGGAGUUAAUCGAAAGAAAGUAUAGAAUAAAUGUGGCCAGGCAGAAACAAGCGGAAGGCCAUGAAAAAGAGGAUAUGAGCCAGAAAGUUUCCGAUUCAAAUGGAGAACAGGAAGUAGAAGAGGUAGAUUUUACGGGACUUGACGCCAUCCAAGUAUCAAGCGAUUAUGUAUUUGAAAAGUCGGCAGAAGAUGAACGCGCGUACGAAAUUUUGGAUUUGAGAAGAGAAACGAUAAAGAGUCUCAUCGAACUGCCUGAUGGAACACAAAUUUCUUUGGCUGAUUACUUUCGCAUCGACCAUAAUGAUUUAGUGUCCACUAAAAGAGCGCCUCCUCGCACUAUAGCUGAGAUUAGACGAGAUGAUUUUUUGGGUCCACUGUUUAAUGGCGGUGCUGAAGGUCGAAAAAGAAUCGGGCUGUAUACUCUGCGGACGAUUGGAAUCGUCAUGUCUCCUCUUCGUGCAAUGAUUGAAAUAGUUUUCUUCUGUCCGAGAACAUUGUGGCAUUUUCUCUCUAGAGUCAAAUUACUACGUCCUGUUGUCGACGUUUUGCGAAAUUUACCGUAUCCGUCGCGAUCUGUUUGGUUCCGCCAACUUGGUGGAGGUAGUGUUUAUGAUGGGUAUAACUCGUUGAUGUGGGGCGCUCAGAUUGUAUGGGAUGCACCAAUUUAUGCUUACAACUAUCUCUUCCCAAAGCUAAGCGACGAGUUCAAACUACCUGUGGCCGAGUCACUGCGUAAAGCGCUGAAUGAAAUUAAUGCUUACGUUGCAAAGCUGGAGAAUGAGCAAUGUAAGAGGCGUGAGACUGCACAGAUGGACUAUGGUCCGGACCGUGCGUUCUUUGCACUAAAAGAUGAAUGCAUUGAAAAGCGCAUUGAGAAAUACACAUACAAGUUUUGUGCAUUCAACGAAGUGAAACAGGAUAAUACGAGACUUGGCAAAUGGGGCAGCUGGGCAGUUGCAGAAGUCACUGACUCCUCUUCAAGCGAAGCUAGUGACAUGGUGACAUACACAAAAAUGCAGUAUUCAAAUGGCCAGAAGUGUUACAAUGGUCCAGACAGAUCCGUAGUGGUGAAUUUUCUGUGUGGUACAGAUGAUGAGAUUGUGAGCGUUGAAGAACCUUCGACUUGUGUGUAUGAGAUGAUCGUUCGUUCGCCUCUCGCUUGUUCGUCUCAUGUGCUAGCGAAAGCUGAGAAAGACGUUACAAUUUGGACUCAAGGGCUGAUACCAUGCAGCUUUGUUGCGAAACCACCGGCCUGUGGAUGA